CUCUCGCGCGCGGCGCUGGCCGGGGCGGCGGCUGAAGAGGAGGCGGAGGAGGGGGGGGAGGACGAGGAGGAGGAGGAGGAAGGUGGCGGCGGCCUCGGCGAAAGAAGAGGGGAGGACGGAGGCGGCGUCGGACUGGAGCCGAGCGGCGGCGCGAGCAGCCCGGGGCGCUGUCGCGAGCUCGCCGGCUGGGCCCCCGCCCCAGAGCUACACCCUGCCGUGCCCGGCCCUGCCCGCGCCCGUGCCCCCGCGGGGAGCGCGCCGGGGCUGCCCCCCGAAUGACGGGCGGAAGGUUCGACUUCGACGAUGGCGGCACCUACUGCGGCGGCUGGGAGGAGGGCAAGGCGCACGGGCAUGGCAUCUGCACGGGGCCCAAGGGCCAGGGCGAGUACUCGGGCUCCUGGUCGCACGGCUUCGAGGUGGUCGGAGGCUACACCUGGCCCAGCGGCAACACCUACCAGGGCUACUGGGCGCAGGGCAAGCGGCACGGGCUGGGGGUGGAAACCAAGGGCAAGUGGAUGUACCGGGGGGAGUGGUCACAUGGUUUCAAGGGGCGCUACGGGGUCCGGCAGAGCCUGUGCACCCCCGCACGCUACGAGGGUACCUGGAGUAACGGGCUGCAGGACGGGUACGGCGUGGAGACCUACGGGGACGGAGGUACCUACCAGGGCCAGUGGGCUGGCGGCAUGCGACAUGGCUACGGCGUGCGCCAGAGCGUGCCCUAUGGCAUGGCCACAGUGAUCCGGUCCCCGCUGCGCACCUCGCUGGCCUCGCUGCGCAGCGAGCAGAGCAAUGGCAGCGUGCUCCACGACGCCGCGGCCGCAGCUGAAAGCCCAGCGGGUACCCGCGGUGGCUUUGUGCUCAAUUUCCACGCAGACGCCGAGCUCCCAGGCAAGAAGAAGGGUGGCCUCUUCCGAAGGGGCUCCCUUCUAGGAAGCAUGAAACUUCGCAAGUCUGAAUCCAAGUCUUCCAUCUCAAGCAAGCGCAGCUCUGUCCGCAGCGACGCGGCUAUGAGCAGAAUUAGUUCCAGUGAUGCCAACUCCACAAUCAGCUUCGGCGACAUAGAUUGUGAUUUUUGCCCCGUGGAAGACCACGUUGAUGCCACUACCACGGAAACCUACAUGGGCGAAUGGAAGAACGACAAGCGCAAUGGUUUUGGCAUUAGCGAGCGCUCCAAUGGCAUGAAGUAUGAAGGCGAGUGGGCAAACAACAAGAGGCAUGGAUAUGGCUGCACUGUGUUUCCUGACGGCUCUAAAGAAGAGGGAAAGUACAAAAAUAAUAUCCUGGUCCGUGGAAUAAGGAAGCAACUUAUACCCAUACGAAAUACAAAAACUAGGGAGAAGGUGGACAGAGCAAUUGAAGGUGCACAGAGGGCUGCCGCCAUGGCGAGAACCAAAGUGGAAAUAGCAAAUUCAAGGACUGCACAUGCAAGAGCAAAAGCUGACGCCGCUGACCAGGCUGCACUGGCCGCCCGGCAGGAGUGCGACAUCGCUAGAGCUGUAGCCCGGGAGCUGUCUCCUGACUUCUACCAACCAGGCCCAGAUUAUAUCAAACAGAGAUUUCAGGAAGGUGUAGAUGCUAAAGAAAAUCCAGAAGAAAAGGUACCAGAAAAACCAACUACACCAAAGGAAUCUCCUCAUUUUUAUCGCAAAGGCACGACACCCCCAAGGUCUCCUGAGCCAAGUCCCAAGCAGAGUCGUUCUCCCCAGCCUUCCCCAAAACUCACAAAGAAGCAGAACCCCAGCUCAGGGGCAAGACAUAACCAAGACAAAAGGAGUGUGGCAGAUGAGCAGGUGACAGCUACAGUCAAUAAGCCCUUGAUGUCAAAGGCUCCCUCGAAGGAAGUGGGAGCAGGCAUGCCAUCGUCCAAGUACUCUGGCCGCCACCAUGUCCCUAACCCCAGUAACGGGGAGCUGCAUUCUCAGUACCAUGGCUACUACGUGAAACUGAAUGCUCCCCAGCAUCCUCCAGAUGAAGCAGAGGAAAGCAGCAGAUCGAGCCAGUCUUCCUCAGCACUGGUGCACAAGCCAUCACCCAACAAGUGGAGCGCCCCUAAAUCUGUGACAAAAUCAGUUGCCAAAGAAAGCAAAGCUGAGCCAAAAGCUAAGAAGUCUGAACUUGCUAUACCAAAGAAUCCAGCAAGCAAUGAAUCGUGCCCUUCUUUGGAAAAGGAAGCCAAUUCAGGCCCUAAUUCAAUCAUGAUUGUCCUCGUCAUGCUGUUGAAUAUCGGCUUGGCCAUUCUCUUUGUUCACUUUCUAACUUGAUUGGAAUAAGGAGAGCCCCAUCCGGUGAAGUUCUUGGCAUUGGCUACUCCAUCUGUCCUAGCAAGUGUGACUAAACUGGAAAUGUAUGGAGCUGCAUUUUUUUUUUUUUUUUUUGAUGGAAGUCAACAGCUGCCUUACUAUUUUACCAUCUGACGUUUUUAGUAGGGAGCUGGGGAAACAAACGACUGCCUGAGGAAUGCGGUCGGAGGAUUGUGUUGCUGUGGCCGCCGCUCCAACAUUCACUCCUAUCUCAUUAGAAGAAAUAGGUAGCAGCAUCACUCACCAGUCUUAUGCCAUGACCUGCUGCUUUAACAUCUCCUGGAAUGUUCUGGGAGAGAACGUUUCGUUUGCUUGUGCACGACUAUGUUCAUUUUUGCUGUUGAUUUAAAUAUGAUGUAUAGUCACCUACAACGUGCGGGCCUGGGUGGAUGAAACACACGUGCUGCAGCUCAAGGAAAAGAGGCAACAGAAUUCUGGAGUAAAUGUGUUUGAUAGCAAUACAUUAUUUCUCUUGUCAUUUAGUCUUCCUAAGCCUGUAAAAAUCUUUAAAAUUUAGCAAUGUGAAGGCAUUAACCUUCCUCUUGAAAGCAUUAACAUGAUCGAGAUGAAUUAUUUAUGCACCUGGGAGGUGCUAAAUUUUAAAAGCUGAAAGACAACAGAAUUCUAAGAAGUGUAGUCAAAAUGUUGCAUGGAUUGCAGUAAUCGGUGUAUAAGGGAUCUAGUUUCAUUGCUGACGUACUUUACAACCAAAUGAAAUCUUGUCAGUGGCUAUGUUAAUUCCCAUGAAAGUUAAGCAAGAUGCUAUUAAUAACUGCUCUUUUUUUUUUUUCCAACUUAAAUUUUUGUUGAAUACAUUCAGGUAGAGCAUAAAGGUUUGUUAAGUCACUGCUUCUCAAUUUUAUGCCUUUCAUGUUUUUCAAAGUCCUUUUGUAAUUUCAUUUCACAUUUUAAAGGCUUAGACAUUUUUAUUUAAAUAUGUCUUUUGCAGUCCUUUGUUAUUCUGACAUAAAAUGAUUUUUUGCUGUUUUAUAAUUUAUCUUUAUUACUCAGAAGCAUGCUUACUUAGAGAAACUACAUGGUGUUUAUAAAAAUUGUGAUUUAAAAAGAAAUCAGGGGAGGAAAGGUACCUGUUAAAUCUCUAUAAAACAUUACAUUGAGGAGAGGGAGCUAGUCCUAAAUAUUUUCACGAUCUGCAUGGUUUAGUCAGAUUCUUUUUACCAUAUUUGCUACCUUCUCAAUGAAGAAGAGACAAGUCACAUGUUAGAACAGGUGUUGACUGAUGCUUUGUCACCUGCAGGGUAGUAACCCAGUGGUAUUUUUUGCAGAAGUACAAUAUGUUGAGAAUCCUGGGUGUGACCAAUAUGGAAUAAAGAAGAAAGCAGAAAGAGAGCAAAUGAAAAUUGCAACUUGUAUAUUUAUUUAUUUUUUACAUUUUGCUUUGACUUUUCAAUCUAGGGAGUAUGUUUUUACCCAAGAAACAUUUAAGUUCCUGUGUCAGUCUUGGUACUCUCACAGCUCCUUCCUAACCCCAUAGAUCUUUAUGCUGGGAAAGCUGAUUUUUUAAAAAAAUAAAUAAAAUAUUUAAUCUUAUUAAGUGUUUAUUUAAAAUGUGUAAUGCUUUGGAAAUAAUGGGUAAUAGAUAACUAAAGGAUAUGUUUAUAAGGUGAGCAUGUUGGUUCCAUUUAUAAAUAUAUGUAUGAUUUAUAAGCUUUUUUAAAACAAAGCUCAAAUUGUUGGUAUUUUUCUAAAAUGUGCACAGCUGUAUUUUACAUGAAAGGCUCUUUCUAAUGGGUUGUUAUACUGUACUCUACAUUUUGGACAGCACAUGAAGUCUGCCAAUGUACUUAAUAAAACAUGACUUUGUUUAUUUAAAGUUACUUGCUGUGAAAAAGAACUCCCUACCUGUGAGUUCCUUUAUUUAUAAUCCUUAAAACCAAAAUGUAUAAUGUACAGUUUUCACAACUGUAUCUGCUCUAAUAAAAAAGUUGGUUAUUAAU